AACUGACUGGGUGCCAGUUAGUGAGAACUGCAGUAAGAAUCAUUCUGAUGGUGCUUCACCUUUGUAUAUCAGGGUCAUCAAGCUGAGGCGAGGAGAUGGAAUCUUUGUCUGGGGGCUCAUGGUGGCUCGGGGCAGAACCUGCCUCCUCCUCUUGUCUGUAAAAAGUGACAUCACUGAUAUAUACUUCGUGUCAGAGCUUAUUCGGGCAAUGUGAUAAUCCUGUUUCUCAAAAGUGUCAAGGUGAUGAAGAUGUUUGCUUUUCUUGGCAUAUAUUACUAUGAAAAUACUUCUAAGCAUAUGUCUCCUUUGGGCCUUCUUUUCUUCUGUGGCAUCACUGAAAUGUGCUUCAUGUCAGACCUUAUCAGGGCGGUGUGAUAAUAUCAUACCUCAGGAGUGUCAAGCUAGUGAAGAUGCUUGCCUUUCAUACCAUAUGGCAUCCCCAAUGUUUGGUGGCAUCCGUCUUCAUUUUAAGUCUUGUGUCCCAUCAAAAGCUUGUCUACCUGGCAAUUACACUGUCACAACCACGCUGAGUACACAUAUUCUUUUGGUAUUUAAUUGUUGCAGCACAGACCUUUGCAACAGUGCUGCUCUUAGUGUGCAACAAAACACAAACUCGAUUCCCAAUGGGUUUGAAUGUCCAGUCUGCUAUUCCUUGGGACAGAAUGAGUGCCAGAAGGAGGGGACAGUCAACUGCAUUGGUGAGGAGACUCAAUGCUUCAGUGGAGCUGGCUCCUACAGUUUAAAUACUUCACCUGUUCCUGGUCAACAAAACUUUGCAUUCCGAGGUUGCACUACAAAAAAUACAUGCGCGCUUCCAACCCAGACAGUAGGACUAUCGAACGGUGGGAUCAUAGUCAACAUCACCAAAUUGGAAUGCAGCAAUGCCACCAGCACUCCCACCACACUGACCAAAUAGCACACUACCCUUCCCAGGCUGAUGGGAAACAGCAAACCUGGUUUCCCUGCAGACUCCACCAUUUAUAGGAGGGGAAGGAAGGAAGUUGAGAACUAAACACUUUGAGUAAUUGGGAAUCAGGACUCCUGGGUCUUUUCUUUCCAAAGGUAGAGGUGAAUGGGUGGUGAAAGGGCAGAGAAAACCAGUGGAAAUAAAUUGUAUAGGGCAAAAUUCCAUUGAAUUAUAAUCAAAAUAAAUUGAUAUGGCAAACAA